AGAGAAAAAAAAAUUAGUAUAGUCACUACGCUCGUGGGUUUGGCAUUCGCUCCAGAAGAAAAUGCUGACGCGUAAAGUGGCGCGGCCAUUGACAUCGAAUUCUUCAUCUCACUUUCACUCUCUCUCCGACCACCACCAACUCCUCCACCGACCCAUUUCCGAACUAAACUCCAUCAUUAGCUCCUACGUCCGCCAAGGUCAACCCACCUCCGCAUGGAACCUCUUCCGCUCUCUCCGUCGUUUACGUCCCGACCUCGAUGCUCACACAUUCACCCCUCUCUUACGUCCAUCUCCUCCAUCACUCGGUAAACAAUUCCACGCGCAAAUGAUCAGAACCGGUGCAGAUUCCGGAACUGUUCCAAAAACCGCACUCCUUGAUAUGUAUUCAAGGCACGGCUCAUUGGAUGAUUCCCUUAAGGUGUUUGAUGAAAUGCUUCACAGGGAUGUAGUUGCUUGGAACGCUUUGUUGUCGUGUUUUUUGCGAUGCGGGCAACCUCGUGAGGCGAUUGGUGUUCUAAAGGAAAUGGGGAGAGAGAAUGUUGAGCUUUGUGAGUUUACAUUGUGUUCUGUUUUGAAGUGUUGUGCUUCUUUGAAGGCUUUGGAACUUGGUAGACAGGUUCAUGGGUUGGUGGUUUUGUUGGGGCGUGAUUUGGUUGUUUUGAGUACUGCUCUUAUUGAUUUUUAUUCUAGUGUUGGGUGUGUUGAGCAUGCUUUGAAUGUGUUUUAUGGUUUGAAUGGUUGGAAAGAUGAUAUGAUGCAUAAUUCGUUGAUUUCUGGGUGUAUUAGAAAUGGGAGAUAUAGGGAGGCGUUUAAAGUUAUGAGCUUGAUGAAGCCUAAUGCUGUUGCAUUUACUAGUGUUUUGGUUAGUUGCUCUGAGAAAUUGGAUUUGGUUACAGGGAAACAGGUGCAUUGUGUUGCGGUUCGUCGGGGUUUUACUUUUGAUACCCAAUUAUGUAACGUACUGUUGGACAUGUAUGCAAAAUGUGGGAAGAUUUCACUUGCCAGGUCAGUGUUUGAUGGAAUUCGUCGAAAGGAUGUGAUUUCAUGGACUUGUAUGAUUGAUGCAUAUGGAAGAAAUGGGUGUGGAAAUGAAGCUAUUGAGCUCUUUCAUAUUAUGAGGGAAGAUGGGAGUGAGGUGUUGCCGAAUUCUGUGACUUUUUUAUCUGUGUUAUCAGCUUGUAAUCAUUCCGGGUUGGUGGAGGAAGGAAAAAAAUGUUUCAAUAUGUUGAGGGAGAAAUAUGGCAUUGAUCCAGAACCGGAACACUAUGCAUGCUUCAUAGAUAUCUUAGGUCGAGCCGGUAAUAUAGAAGAAGUAUGGUCUGCUUAUCAAAAUAUGAUUGAGCGGGGUACUAGACCUACUGCAGGAGUAUGGAUAUCAUUGUUGAAUGCUUGCAGUAUUAGUCAAGAUUAUGAAAGAGGUGAAUUUGCUGCAAAGCAUCUCUUGCUGCUGGAACCCGACAAAGCUAGCAACGUUGUGCUUGUAUCAAAUUUUUAUGCAGCCAUUGGUAGGUGGGAUUGUGUUGAUGAACUGAGAAGCAUAAUGAGGACAAAAGGGUUGGUCAAGGAAGCUGGGAAUAGUUGGAUAGGCGAAGGCUUCAAUGGACAUGCCAAGUCACUAUCUGCUUGAUUGUUCAACUAGACAACUGGAAAAGUGAGAGCCUUACUUCUGUUGGGGUGAUUUGAUUUCUAGUAGAGUCAACCUGGCACUGUUUACAUGAAAGGAAAGGAAGCAAGUCAACCGAUAGGCUAAAAUAGUCCUAUCUCCUAAAACUAUCACUCACUUCUAAAGCUGCAACUCUUCCGAGUUUCACUACUUUUACAUUGAGUGGUGGCAUGUUGUGGGAGACAUAUACUAUUUCAUUGUGCUGCCAACUGCUUGACACUGCUAUUUGUCAUCUGGCAUGCCCCCUAUCCAUGACUAUGACCAUGACCACUAUCCCACUCCAAUUUUAGUAAUCUAAUGAGACUGCACUCAGGUAUGUUCAACUCUCUAACCUAAAUAUUUAUUCUUAAUUGUCCUGUUAUUUGACUUGGGCGCAUUUUUAUAGAUUUUGUUGCUCAUGCACCAACCACUAGGUAGGAAAUUCGUUGGCUUGACCAAGGAAGCAAACAACCCACCCCCAAGUUUUCAAGAAAAUGAAAGUAUGCAAAAUUGAGCUUAAGGAUCAAAGCCAGACUUUUGUAGGGUUAGCAGAAGCUCAGAAAAAAGAUGAAUUUGGUUCUAAGUCUUCAGUGCUUCACACUUAAUUUUCUAUGCCUAUGCACUUUUGAGUUCAAGAAUCAAAGUUUACAACUUCAGCAGCUUGACAUCCAUAAUCAAUGUCUAAGCACCCGAAAAUGACUCUCUCACGAGUCAUGAGACACGAUAGUUCUAGUAAAAUUUGAUCCUUCAAAAAGUAAAAGGGUUGUGAGAUUAAAAAUGUGAGUCUCGUGUGAAAUGUUCUCCAGAGUGAAUCUCAAUCCCUAGACACUCAGACCUGCAAAUGUUACAACAAUUUCUUUUCUUAUCUGGAUUGGAUGUAUCUAACACCCAAAAAAGAAACUUCUUGAAAUGCCAUUUAGUGCGUUGAGUAGUUGAAUAACUCAGUUGUUCAUAUUAUCAAUUUUCUGUUGUAUUCAGCUAGUAGUUGGCUUCAGUCAACCAUAGUUAGUUAUGCCUUUCCAGUUACUCUUUAUUGUAAUUCUGUUAGGCCUAUCAGUAUCUUAUUAUCAGCUGAUAUAAAUAACAAAAUAUGAGGCUUUGUAAUGUUCAGUUGAAACAAUCCAAUAAAUCAACAAUUUCAUCAA